ACGACAGGCAGCAAGUUCAAGUGCAGAACAGCAGCUGAUUUUUCUAAAGCAAAUCAAAACAUUUGGGGUUUUCUCUUAUUUUGUUUUGCACUCGAGUUUUCUCAACUCAUUUCAUGAAAUCACACAAGAUGUGCUCUCAAAAUAUACACUUUUGCUCAAUACAGCUAACCGUUAUCACCUGUACGCUAUUGGCAACAAUGUUGCUGCAACAUGCUGCCGCCGCACCCGAUUUUGUUUCACACAAAGCUUGUAACGAUGCGGCGCCGGGCACUAUUGUCGCCAAUCCAGGCAAUUGCAGUCAAUAUAUCAUUUGUAACGGUUUGCGUUCGACGCUAGGCGAAUGUGCGGCCAAUACAUACUUCAAUCCGAAUGUGUUGUCAUGCGACAAAACGUCUGUAGCUUGCAGCGGCAAUUACAGCAGCACAGUAGUGACAGCAACAACAACAACAGUGGGCGCUACCGCAUACACAUCUACAACAGUUAACGCGACGGGGGCGUCGCCUGCAUCCACUUUCCUGUUUACUACACGCCGCCCACUCAAUACUUAUACGCGUCCGCUGUCCAAUAACCGCCCCGGCAGUCCAUCCUUGACGACGGCGUCAGCGCCAACUUAUGGUCGUCCUGUCUGCACCAGCUGGUACGAUCAGCAAUUCCCGCAUCCCAACAACUGCGAGUACUAUUUCCAUUGUGUUGGCGGCUUUCUCAGUGUGCGUCGUUGCUAUUUCGGUUUUGGCUGGGACUUGGAUCGCCAGCAGUGUGUGCCCAUGCAGCAGGCGAAAUGCUUCCGCCCAAGGCUCGUACGUUAGUUGGCCGCUGCGCUGUCUUUGUUUUCUAUUCUUUUGUUUUUGACAUUUUGUUUAAUGCACAAAUUUGUUAUUUGCUUGUUUUUAUUAUUAUUGCGAAAUGUUUUGGUGCAUUUCAUACAUACUAAGAACAUUCAUUCAGUUGUAUGAAAAUAGUUUAAG